AUGUAUCUGUCCAACCGCGUUCUGGCCGCGUUUUUCGCGGCCAGCACUGUCAUCCAGACAUGCCUGGCGCAAGUCAGUGCCCCUACGGCCUACACCGACCCGGGCACGGGCAUCACGUUUGAUACGUGGACGAUGCCUGCUACGGGUACCACAGGCGGACUCACGUUUGGUAUGGCGCUUCCCAGCGAUGCCUUGACCACGGAUGCAACCGAGUUUAUUGGAUACCUGCAAUGCGCAUCCACCAAGGCAACCGAGUCCGGCUGGUGCGGCCUGUCCUUCAAGGGAUCCAUGAACGGCAACCUCCUGCUCAUGGCCUGGCCCUACAACGGCACCAUCCUCACCUCCUUCCGCUGGAGCUCCGGCUACAGCAUGCCUGACGUGUACGCCGGCAACGCCACCCUCACGCAGAUCUCCUCCACCAUCAACGCCACGCACUACACGCUGCUCUUCCGCUGCCAGGACUGCCUCGCUUGGAAUCACAAGGGCACCACCGGGGCCGCCUCCACCAAGUCUGGCCAGCUGGUCCUGGGUUGGGCCGAGGCCAACGCUUCCCCGGGAAAUCCCUCUUGCCCUGCAAAGAUUACGCUGGCGCAGCAUGACAGCCAGAGCAUCUGGGCCGCGAAGCUGGACAAAAACGCCGUGAGUACCAAGUAUGAGGAGUGGACAAAGCUAGCCACCAAGACCGUGCCGGGUGACUGUGGCGGGGACGACGGCGGUGGUUCCGCCCCCAAACCCGUGCCCGUCCCUGAAGGUGCCGAGUAUGAUUAUGUCGUUGUGGGCUCGGGCGCCGGAGGUAUUGUCAUGGCGGACCGGCUCAGCCGCGCUGGCCAUAAGGUCUUGCUCAUUGAGAAGGGGCCUCCAUCGUCGGGACGGUGGGGUGGCACCAUGCGGCCGGAGUGGCUGGACGGCACCAACCUGACCCGGUUUGAUGUGCCCGGUCUGUGCAACCAGAUCUGGCAUGAUUCUGCGGGUAUUGCCUGCAAGGACACCGAUCAGAUGGCAGGCUGCGUGCUGGGUGGUGGAACAGCCGUCAAUGCCGCCUUGUGGUGGAGGCCCAAUCCCAUCGAUUGGGAUUAUGUCUUCCCCGCCGGCUGGCAUUCUCGGGACAUGAUUGACGCAACCAACCACGUCUUCAACCGCAUUCCUUGGACAGUCCACCCGUCAGAGGACGGCCGGAUCUACCUGCAGCAGGGCUACGAUGUGCUCGCUGGAGGCCUUAGGGCUGGGGGCUGGCACGAGGUGACCCUGAACGACAACGCAUCCAUGAAGAACCACACUUUCGGCCACACACCGUACAUGUUCAUGCACGGCGAGCGCGGUGGGCCUAUGGCGACGUACCUGGUGUCUGCCAGCGCGCGGGACAACUUUGAUCUGUGGACAAACACGACCGUCAAGCGCGUCGUGCGUACCGCCGAGGGCCACGUUACGGGUGUGGAGGUCGAGGCAUUUAUCGAUGGAGGGUACGAGGGUGUGGUCAAUGUUACAGCCAAGGGGCGUGUCAUCCUGUCGGCGGGCACGUUCGGCACUCCCAAGAUCCUGCUGCGAAGUGGUAUCGGUCCCUCCGAUCAGCUAAAGAUUGUGAAGGGCUCGAGCGAUGGUUCCACGAUGAUUGCUGAGGCUGCCUGGAUCAAUCUGCCGGUGGGCGAGAACCUGGUCGACCAUACCAAUACCGACACCGUGGCCACGCAUCCGGAUGUCGUCUUCUACGAUUUCUACGCUGCGUGGGACAGCCCGAUUGAAAGCGACAAAUCCAGCUACUUGAACAGCCGCACGGGCAUUCUGACGCAGUCUGCUCCAAACAUCGGUCCCAUUAUGUUCGACGAAAUCGUCGGCGCCGACGGGAUCAAGCGGCAGAUCCAAUGGACAGCGCGCAUGGAAGGAGGCCACGAUAUCCCGGAUAAGCACGCCAUCACCAUGAGCCAGUACCUUGGACGAGGCUCGACCUCCCGCGGACGCAUGACCAUCACGGGGAACCUGGACACCGUUGUCUCCACACUCCCGUACCUGCGCGACCAACACGACGUCGACGCCGUCAUUCAGGGCCUGAUCAACCUGCAGGUGGCGCUGAAGAACGUCAAAGGACUAACUUGGGCGUAUCCCGCGCCGAACGUGACGGCGGCACAAUUUGUGAAGACGAUGGAAAUCACCGCGAGCACCAGACGCGCCAAUCACUGGAUGGGAACGUGCAAGAUGGGCACCGACGACGGCCGGGACGGCGGCACGGCCGUGGUGGAUCUCAACACCAAGGUCUACGGAACGGACAACCUGUUCGUGGUGGAUGGCAGCAUCUUCCCGGGCAUGGUGACUUCCAACCCGUCGGCGUAUAUUCUGACUGUGGCCGAGCGGGCGGCGGAUCGCAUUCUGGCUCUGAAGUAG